AUACUUUUGACGUUUGUGAUGUUGGUACCAAAAACAUGGCGGGUGCCAUACGGCUGGAAUAUUCGCACGGAAUCCAUUCACACCUUUUUUCGUCACUAUGCGCCUUGGAAAAGGACAACAUUAUAUUCAAAUCAACUACCAUUCAUACGCAUCUCCUUCACUGCACCCGUUGUUAGUAAACAAAUAUCUGUUGAAGGUAUAUUUUCACGCAUGAGACUUCCGUAGCUAAUACUGUGCAAUAAUUGAAAAUUAUCGCGUAAGAAUGAGAAUGGACCCGACAGACCAGCAUAACUCAUAUUCUUCGGCCAUUUGUCGGGCCUGCAUGACCAGUGGUAGUUCGGAAGUGCUGGUGUCACUUGGAGCGAGUUUGGAUGGAGAUGCAUCUAUUUCAAGCGUAAUCGAAGAGCUAAUUGGAGUUGAGAUGAGGGAAGAUGAUGGCCUCCCGGGGCAAAUCUGUGGCCGCUGUGUGCAUGAGUUGAGACGGCUUUCUGCGUACAUCAAGAAAGUGAGAGAGACGGAUCGAACUUUGCGGGAGAUUUACGAAGGUAUCAAAUCGGAAGCAAAUUGGACCCGGUCGGAACUGGAUGAGGUGCUUGAGCAGGAAGAAAGGCUGGAAUUGGAUUCAAACUUAGGAGUGGAGGAAGAGUAUCUUGAAUAUGAGGAAGAUGUGAGUUGUAAAGGGGAACCUCCUGAGAAUACAACCGAACAGCGCGAAGCAGAGUCGAAUGAGCAACAUGAAACUAAAUUAGAAGUAGAGGUGAAUAACAGCUCUGAAGUCGAGUUCAUUGGCUUCGAUCACGGAGAUGAACAGUCUGAAGAUAGGAGGGAAAUUUUUUACGAAGAACAAGAAGGUUCUGAUAUGUUAAAUGUGGAUGAUGAUAUCCAAGAACUGGAUGGCGACGAUACGUUAGACAAGCAAGAGCAACAAACCUUUAAGAUACUGCUGAGAAAACAGGAAGACUUUCUUUGUUGUGCCUGCUACCACUUCUUCCCUUCUGAAGAAGCAUUGAUGGAACACUGUGAAAUGCACAAUCAAAAAACUCGAUCCAACCUUAUGAAGCCUCAUGUUUGUGAUAUUUGCUAUCGUAGGUAUACAACGGCUCGGGCACUUAAUUCACACAGGGAGCAAUCACUGACUGGAAAAAUAUACGAAUGCAAACGCUGUCGAGCACGGUUUAUAAAUCGUAAGCGUCGUCGAGAACAUGCUCACAAUCACCCCCAAACGGAGGUCAUCCAAUCUUCCGUUAUUGCACCCAUUCGAUUACAACCCAAUUACCGAAAAGGGAAAAUAUGCUGUGCUCAGGCUUGUGGAAUCUCUUUCCCAACGGACGAGCUGCUAAUCGCUCAUGCCCAUGAGGCUCACCGAAUGAACAAAUUCGAAGCGGCCUUGCCGGAAAAUAUCAACAAACCGUUUGAGUGUCCGGUCUGUUUCAAGCGAUUCUUCAACAAAAAUGCUCUCCGGCAGCAUCAGAAGCGGAAGUAUAAAAAAUCUAUCCAGCAGUGUUCGAUAUGCGGAUUGAGAUUACCAGGACCUACUGCUUUAGCCACACACGAGCGGAUGCAUAGGGAUGAAAAGCCGUAUCCGUGUCAAAUAUGUGAUAAAGCUUUUGCCAGUGGCGCACUUUUGAAGGCUCAUUCGGUUGUCCACUCGACGGACAAGCCAUUCGUUUGCUCUGUGUGUGGCGCUGGAUUCCAGCGUAAGGCAACGCUAAAGAAUCAUGAAUUACUGCACUCCGGACAGCUACCAUUUCAGUGUGACCUCUGCCCGAAGGCGUUUCGGGUCAAACCAAGGCUAGAACUACACAUGAGGAGUCACACCGGCGUUAGACCGUAUAAGUGCAGGUACUGCGACAAGACCUUUGCUGAUCACAGUAACCGACAGCGGCACGAAAUGGGACACACCGGCGUUAAACCGUACAAGUGUGCACAGUGUGAGAAGACAUUCAUCACAAAACGUUUGCUAUCGGAGCACGAAACGACACACCAUCCUACUUCAAUGAUAUAUACCUGCCAAGAGUGCCCCGCAACAUUCUGUCACAAGGCGUCGCUAAAUAAACACAUGUCCGUUUUACAUGUCGAUUAGCACUGUUAGUAACAACACGCGGGAUUAAAUAUUUACGGCUAAAAAAACGCCCCGGUCAAAACCGAGAAUUUCGACGUCCGUUCCAAGUAAGAUACAAUUGUAUGGUACCAAAUGUAUUGCCUGAAAUGGACUCGUUCUCCAA